AUGGAGAGAUUCCGCAUGCCAGGGCUGGACCUCCCGAAGAAGGACGCGGGAGAUGCUCUGAACAAGUACCGCAUCAAGGACUCGCCCAGCGGCGGCGCGGCGGCGCUGUCGCCCAGUCCGCUGUCGCCUACGGGCGUCGAUAGCGAGCGCAGGGACGAGGAAGAGCUGCGUGCCCUCUCCCAGCAGCUGGCCACCUUCAACCGGCGCCUGACCGAGGAGUCGCUCGACAAGUACCGGGUGCAGCCCACGAAGAAACCAGAAGGAGACCAAAAGAGCGAAAACGAAGAGGCCGAGUUUCAGAUCGACGAGGCGGAGCGACGUCAGCUCGAGGCUGAGAUGCAGCGGCUGCUCACCCGCAAGCACACCCUCGAGCUGCGACGCAGCCAGCGCUCGGCCGGCGAUCAGGCUUCUGAGACCACCACAGCCACCGCCACAGCCUCCGCGCCCGCUCGCGCGCCCGCGGGUCUAGACCGCUUCCGCGUCCAGCCCUCAUCAGCCGGCGGCCCCGGGUCGGCCCCUGUCACACCGACCGCGACCUCAUCGUCAUCGUCAUCGUCGCUGGCCGCGCCGGUUGACAAGAACCGACGCCUUUCUGUCUCGGGGUCAGACCUGACGGUGAGGCCCACCACCAGCAGCAGCUCGGUGUCGCCGCCCCAGGCCAAGCCGGCGCCGCUGAGCCAGACCCAGGUGGGCCUGACCGCGUCGGCCCCGCCCCGCAUCAAGUCCCUCCCGGUCACCUCGCCCGUAGCGUCGUUCAACAAGCCCACCACCCCGACCGGCACCAGCGCCACCAGCGGCUGCUUGGGCUUCGCGACGCCCAAGGUCAAGACCAGCUUCGGGCUGCCCUCGCCUCGCAGCGCCAAUGCCAACGCCGACCCCUUCAGCAAGUACCGAGUCCAGAACGACGCCACUGCGGCCACAGCGUCGGGCGCCACCACGGUGGUGGCCGAGGUGCGGCCGCUGACCCCGACCGUGAGCGACCCGUUCAGCAAGUACCGCAUCGCCCCGAGUGGUGGUGGCUCGAGCGAGGCCAGCCCGUUGGCCUCGCCGGCGAGUGCUGAGGCCGUGCGCGACGUCAAGCCUGCGGCGGUGGAUCCCCUCAGCAAAUACCGGAAGCAGCCCGACGCCACCAGUUCGGCGGCGGCAGCCCCCUCCAGCCCCCCGAAGCCGGUUGCCGAGGCGGCCAAGUCCUCCAGCCGCCCCGAGGUCGCCAAGAUCGCCAUCCCCGAUGGGUCCCACUUGCACUCUGAUGAAGAAGGCACGACUUGA